UGGUGGGAAAAUCAAUGACAUUUGCAUAUGGGAAAAAACAUUAAAUUAUUUGCUAGUCUUUGAAUGUCUUGUCUAUUUCUGUUUUAUUAAAGCACAAUGAUUUAAAUUAUUUUAAAUAAUGGACCCUUGAGCAGCAGAAUCAUUACCUGGAAAUUUGUCAGAAAUGCAAAUUUUGCGGCCAUGUCUAAAAUCUGCCAAAUUAGAAACUCUCACUAUAAGAACUACCAGUCAGAAUUUCAACAAGCUCUUCAAGUGAUUCAGAUGAAUGCUUAUACUUCAGAAUCACUGGUUCAAAUAUUGGUUGUGUUUUUAGCUAGAUAUUUUACACAUUAUAAAUUAGUUGUAAGCAAUGAUAGAAUUUUAACAUUUCCUUCUUCCAUUGUCUUCGUCCACAUCCUCAAUACAGAGUCUAUCUGGAGGCUGGCUUUUGGUAAGCACAUUUAUUCUCAGAUCAUCUUAGAUUUAGAAGAUGUGAAUGAUUACACUGGGAAUCGAAACCAUCACUUCAAUGUGGAGAUGAGGAGCCCCAAUGGGACCACUGCUCAGGAGUUUAUCUUCUUUGCUUUUCCUCAUUCCUGGGGAGAGUCUGUCAUCUGCUUUGUUCCACUGCUCUUCAUCUAUGCUUUCAUUGUGGUUGGAAACCUGGUCAUCAUCACAGUGGUCCAGCUGAAUACUCACCUGCACACCCCCAUGUACUUCUUCAUUAGCGCACUUUCUUUCCUGGAGAUUUGGUAUACCACGGCCACCAUCCCAGUGAUGCUCUCCAGCCUCCUUAGUGAAAGGAGGAGCAUUUCCUUAAACGGCUGUCUCUUGCAGAUGUAUUUCUUCCAUUCCACAGGCAUCAGUGAGGUCUGCCUCUUGACAGCAAUGGCCUUUGAUCGCUACCUGGCCAUCUGCAACCCUCUUCGCUACCCCACUAUCAUGACCCCCAAGCUAUGUACCCAGCUGACUUUAAGUUGCUGUAUUUGUGGCUUUAUCACUCCCCUCCCUGAGAUAGCUUGGAUCUCUACACUGCCCUUUUGUCGUUCUAAUCGCCUCGAGCAUAUUUUCUGUGACUUUCUCCCAGUGCUGCGCCUGGCCUGCACAGACACACAAGCCAUUGUCAUGAUUCAGGUAGUGGAUAUCAUCCAUGCGGUAGAGAUUAUUACUGCCGUGAUGCUCAUUUUUAUGUCCUACAUUGGUAUUGUGGCUGUGAUUCUACGUAUCCGCUCAGCUGAAGGUCGCCGCAAGGCCUUUUCCACGUGUGUCUCCCACCUGACUGUCUUCUUGCUCUUCUUUGGCAAUGUGGCUCUCAUGUACCUACGCUUCUCUGCCACCUACUCCUUAUUCUGGGAUACAGCCAUCGCUCUGGGUUUUGCUGUUUUGUCCCCGUUCUUCAACCCCAUUAUCUAUAGCCUGAGGAAUAAAGAGAUAAAAGAAGCUAUAAAAAAGCACAUGGAUCAAGCCAAGACCUUUUUCUCAUAA